AUAUAAAGGCACAAAAUGCGUUAGAAUGACGGCGGUCACAUAAAUGCUUCAAAUUCAGUCCACGUACCUCAUCUGCUAAUUGUUAGCAUUUCUCUGAGCGUCUCAGAUCUGAUUUUAGGUUAAUUGUGGCACAAUUUUAGAUAGUUGAGAUGUUGAUGGAUGAGGCAAAACUCUUGCUAGGCUUUCCCACUAGUUUUUGCCCCAAUGCUUCUCAGGUCAAAGCUGCUUAUAGAAAGAAGGUAUGGGAGACUCAUCCUGAUUGCUUUCCAGUUCAUCUCAAACCUAAUGCAGAACUCAAAUUUAAGAUGGUAUUUAUGUGGGUCAUUUCUUUUCUAUGAGCUUUCAUUUUGCUGGUCAUUGCUUCUGAAGUUCAAAAUGCGUGUGUGGGUGCAGAUUUCAGAAGCAUACACUUGCCUGCUUUCUGGUGCAAGACAAGAAGGUGAACAUGUAGUUGGAUAUUCGCGUGUUGUAAGAAGUGGUGUUCCUAGAGGAGGAGGAGGAGGAGGGAGGACAAGAAACCAUGCACUGAUUGGGCUUCCCUUUCUUUUUAUUAUCUUGGGAACUGCAGCAUUGGGAGGAACAAAUGUUGCCAGGGCCUACAGAAAACAGAAGGCAGAUUAUCCUUCUCAUAAUCCUUUUCUACCUUGAUUAUUCAUAAAAUAUUUGUGUAUAAAUACGGUAUGUGUGAAGUUACUCCUCCAUGAAAUAUAACAUUUAUGUAAUUUUGAAGUUGUUCAUUAUGUAAAAUUAGACUAUAGUUUAGGUCAUGGAAGUUCACUUUUGACUCCAUUGAAGCCAUGAUCCCUUAAUCGAUGUUGUAAUAUUUUCUUGCACACAACUGUUGCACAUUUGAUAACUGAAAUUCAUAGCCUCCCUUGUUCUAAAUACAUUUUUAGUGCAUCACAAAAAUACUGAUAUUUGUUCAUCAUAAAUAAGGUAUGUAAGUGACAUUUUGGCCCAACUA